AACCAAUUGGCACUGAAGUGUGGAGCCGCUCCGUGGCCCCGCCCCCUGUACAAAUACCCCCAUGGCUUUGACGUCAAUACACGUCAACCGGAGAACAUGAUGCCUCUUUGCAAGUCAACUCGUGUGUUGUGUAGCUGAUAGCGGCGCCUCCAGCUGAAAUAUUAUAGCUCCAUUGUAUAGGAGAACGUGGCGUGACAGCCGUCUGGCUCAGCAAAUGGCCUGCCUCGCACAGCCGCACUGACGGAGAGUGUCGCCACAUCGGCGUUCAAGCUGGCAGGGCGACACAGAAAUCAACUUUGUCUAUUUUUAAUGGACACGUUUGGAGCGGCGGCGGCGGCGGGCGGUUUGCUUUCCUUUCGUCUUUAUCUCUAGCUGCUCGAGCAAACCCGUGUGGGUUCCCUCGUGUGCCCGUCUGGCUUCCUCCCGACUCUUUUCACCCACAGUCCCAUUUAGAACAGCAUGGUCAUGGCUGACGGUGUCCAAAAGCCGCUGACCCGGGGUCCGGUCCGAGUGGGCUUCUACGACAUCGAACGCACUUUAGGGAAGGGCAAUUUCGCUGUGGUGAAACUGGCGAGACACCGAAUAACCAAGACCGAGGUGGCCAUUAAGAUCAUUGACAAGACCCAACUAGACGCUGUGAACCUGGAGAAGAUCUACAGGGAAGUACAAAUCAUGAAGAUGUUGGACCACCCUCACAUCAUUAAGCUUUACCAGGUGAUGGAAACAAAGAACAUGCUUUACUUAGUCACGGAGUACGCCAAGAGCGGGGAGAUCUUCGACUAUCUGGCAAAGCACGGGCGUCUCAGUGAGCUGGAGGCCAGAAGGAAGUUUUGGCAGAUUCUGUCUGCAGUCGAGUACUGUCACAACCGGAACAUCGUCCACAGAGACCUGAAGGCGGAGAAUUUGCUGUUGGAUGGUCAUAUGAACAUCAAGAUUGCAGAUUUUGGAUUCGGAAACUUCUUUAAACCAGGGGAGCCUUUGGCUACAUGGUGUGGUAGCCCGCCAUACGCUGCUCCAGAGGUCUUUGAAGGACAGCAGUAUGAGGGCCCACAGCUGGACAUCUGGAGUAUGGGGGUGGUGCUUUAUGUGCUGGUGUGCGGGGCGUUGCCCUUUGACGGGCCCAGUCUGCCUGUCCUCCGACAGAGAGUCCUAGAAGGAAGGUUUCGCAUCCCAUACUUCAUGACUGAAGACUGUGAACACUUGAUCCGCCGGAUGCUGGUCCUGGACCCGUCCAAACGCCUGUCCGUGGCACAGAUUAAGGAGCACAAAUGGAUGGCUUUGGACGUCCCAGCACAGAGGCCUAUCCUGUACCAACAGCCACUGUCAGCUGAGGGGGAGACAAGUGUAGGAGAAUACAGCGAACAGGUCCUUCGCCUGAUGCACAGCCUUGGCAUUGACCAACACAAGACUAUAGAGUCUCUGCAGAAUAAAAGCUACAACCACUUCGCUGCGAUCUACUACCUGCUGGUGGAGCGGCUGAAGGCCCACCGAUGUAGCUUCCCUGUGGAACAGAGGCUCGACGCCCGCCAGCGGCGCCCCAGCACCAUCGCAGAGCAGACGGUCAUCAAGUCAACCAGCGGCUCAGCCCAGGUGGGUUUGCUUCCGCAGGGCGUCCGUCUGUUGCGUUCCCCCGCCGUUCCUCAGGCCUCCUCGGAUGCUUUUACCUUCCCCCAGACUGCAUGUCCCCUGGAGCAGAAUUUCAUCGUGGAGGACGUCAGCACACCCAAAGUGAACGGCUGCCUUCUGGAUCCCCUUCCACCCUCCACUGUCCUCCGCAAGUCCUCUACUUCGUCGCCUAGCAACAUGAUGGAGACAUCGAUUGACGAGGGCAUAGAGACUGAGGAGCCCGACACCGAGGACGACACGCCCCACCUUCUGUCAGCCUAUCAGACGGCUCGAUUCGGCCAGAGACGGCACACCUUAUCUGAGGUUUCCAACCCGCCUGGGCCUUCAAGUCAAGGAAAAUAUUUCACUUUAGGCCACAAUACCUCCAUGGGCAGCGUGGACUCGGACAUUGGCUACGACAUGGGCUCCGUGCACAGCGACCUCAGUCUGCUGGAGGAUGCCCCCUCCCUCAGUGAGGUGGUGCCAUCUAACAGCUCCACUCCUGGCAUCACUGCAGCUUUCUUGAGCGCCAGGCCUCCCAACCCGGCGAUGGCUGCCCUGACGUCUCAGCACAGGGAGGCGCACAACCGAUCCCCGAUAAGCUUCAGAGAAGGACGCCGCGCCUCUGACACCUCCCUCACCCAAGGCCUGGUGGCGUUUCGGCAGCACCUCCAAAACUUGGCAAGGACCAAAGGCAUCCUGGACCUCAACAAAGUCCAGAUGCUGGUGGAGCAGAUGGGCUCUGUGGAAGGGGCCAGCAUGGGCCCUCUGGGACCACAGCAACACUUACACAACCUUCUGGAGGGCGAGGUGUGCAAGCAGCAGGAGGGCCUAGCUUUAUACCACGGCGGGCCACAGCCGCCCCUUCUCUCCCGCAGACAGAGUUUGGAAACACAGUACCUCACCCACAGACUUCAGAAGGCUAACAUCCUGGCUAACAGCCCUGCGAGCUGCCAACUUUUCUGCAAGGAGACGCCGAGAAGUUUAGAGCAGCAGCUACAGGAACACAGGCUGAACCAGAAGAGGAUGUAUCUGCAGCAGCAGCAGUCACAGGGCAUGGGACUCCAGGCCUACUUCAACCAGAUGCAGAUCGCUGAGGGCUCCUACCCCCCCGGCAGCCCCGUUCUGGAUCCAUCCGCCUCCCCGAGCGCCCCCCAGCCUCCCUCCAUGUCAGCCCCCCACCAGCCCCAGUCCCAGCAGCAAGUCAGCCCCCAAGCCUCGCCCCCUUUCAGCCACACCCACAGCUUGAGCCCUCUAAUGGAGCCCGGAGAGGGCCUGGGCUACGACCCGUACAUGAGCCACCACCCCUACGCCCAACAGCUGCCGCCCGCAGCUCACCUCAUGCACCACCCAAUCCACCAUCAGCAAUCGCUGGAGGCUUCUGCCGGCGGCUUGGGCUACAGCUACCCCUGCGAUCCGCAUUCUCCGGGCGCUUCCGCCGAGGCUCUCCUGGCAGAGCAAUACGACUUCUCCAUGGACGCCAGCCUGCUGCCUCAGCCAGGUCCAGGAGAGGCGGACGCUGGCGGCCCCGUGGCGGGGCAGACGGACAGCUUAGGCACGCCUAAACUGCAGGCUUCCCUCCUGGACAGUGAAAUGAUGGAGACCGUGGACUCGCAGCAUGGCUUCGUCCUGGUCAACUAAAGCCAGCUCAGGGGGUUAAUCCAGCAGUAUUAAGCAAUGAGAACCCAAACAGCAUGGAUAGCAGAGGGAGGCGGAGGUAGAGGUGGAGACCUCAGGUGUAGCAACAGGGAAGGAAGGUGAUGGUUUUUUUUGUACAACUUCUACAGACUUCAUUUCUCAGUUGUGAUGAAACCUUCUUUCCCACCAAAAUCCUCCCGUGAUAUACCUCGCUGUCUCCCUCUCCUCCAACCUCGUUCUCAUCUGCCACGCAGUGCGGGACAGUUCCGACGCUUUUGCACAAUGUGAUCUAAGCUGUGCUGAUCUGAUGAAGCUGCUUCUGUCCUGCUGGUGGUGGGCGCCGCCGGUGGCGGCUGCGCCACAGUGAGGACGCACCCUCCCGGAGGCUGCCGGAGCGCAGCGUUGCACCUAGAAAUAGUUUGAACUUAGUGGAAAACAAACAAAAAAGCACAGUCUGGCUUUGCUUUUCCAGUUUGUGAGAAGGACACCAUCGGAGAGAAAAUGUCCCUCAUUUAUCACGGUACCAUGAACACAUUCACACGACGAAUCCAAUGCACUAUGAAACGGUUGUACCAUAGUCCUGCACAACACUAUUGCUUUAAACACACAAGGAAGGUUUGUAUUUGCUAAACAAAAACCUAAACAGCUUUUUCACAGCAGUGAGACUUUUUUUUUCUUUUUUCAUUUUUAUAAAUCUAACUACUGAUCACACCUGAUUUUCUACACUACUGAUGGCACACCUUUCAGGUUUGCAAACCAAUGCUCGUUUAUUUUUUUUUUUAUUUUUUAUUUUUUUUGAAUGGAAGCACCUGCAGGCCUGUUAACCCAUUCCAGUGUGGCUCAUGUUUACCUGAUAAAUGAGGGCUGACGUGACAAUUUUUUUUUUUUUUUUUUUUUUUUAAAUAAGGGUAAGAAGUUGUGGUUCAAACAGUUUGUCAUGCUGUUUCUGUGGCAAUACUGAAGCAAUAUUAAUCCUUUAUGUGCCAGGAUCGUGAAUGAAAGUAUGACCCGUAUAGCCGGCUCCUGAUUGGUCCUCAGGGGACGCCAAGUCGCCAGCAGUGACAUCACUUGAGCUAAUGAUGUAACCGGGAGAUAAUCUGCCCUGGAAAGUGCAGAGAUGAGCCUGGAGACAUCUGUACGGACAGUACUGUGCAAAAGUACUUUGUAUUUAAUUAUUUUUUUUCUUUCUAAAAAAUGUUUUUAAAAACGUUUCUAUUUAUUCAUAGAAAGUUCAGGAAACCAACGAUACUUAAAUCAGAGUUAAACCCGAUGUGAGCAUGCUUUGGGUUUUGAGCAUCACUUCUUUUUAGGGUACGAAGUUCUUUGGUUUUCCAUUUUUUUAAAUUAUUAUUAUAUAUAUUUCUGAUUCAAAUCUUCCCUCAGACUGAGGUCAGAGGUCAAUGCUACCGAAAGACUGAAAAUGUGCCACUCUGAUUUUAGUUGCUAGAAUCUCAAAUUCAGAAAGACGCCAACGAUCCUCCACUUACGUAAGUGAAAAUAAGAUUAAAAAAAAAAAAAAACUAUUCAGAUGGUGAGGCUCUUUAAAUAACUGCAGUCACAGCUUUAUGGUACAGCAAUACAGCAAGAAGUGUGUGGUGGGGACACUUUAGGGGGGUUUGUGAUGUCGCCUCAGAACCUGAAGCGCUCACCGGGUCGUAGGUCAGAGCAGGAGGGAGAACAACGAAGGGAAGGUUUGUAUAGUUGGUCACUUUAGAUGCCUGUCGAGCACUUCUCUACAAAUCACUUUUGCACAGUAUUGUGUGUGAAGAAGAAUGUUUGCACUUUUUUCCCCUCAUUUAUAAAAUAAUAAAAACACUACUAAACUUUUUUUAUAAAUAUAACCUCCAAAUUAGCAUUUUAUUUCUUGUUUACAUCUUCAGCGCUCCAGUCGUGCCCCUGUGUUGUUGCUUUUUUAACAGAGUAGGGACUCCCAGCACUAGAUUUGGCGAGAGGCCGUUUCCGCUGGGACAUUUUGGCUGCCGUGACGUGAAGACGGCGGGACACCAGAACACCGUACACUGGAUCUUAACGGCUUUCUCUGUUAUGACAGCAAUCAGAAGAGGUUUUUUAUUUUUCUUCUUCUUCUUCUUUUAACAGCACUUAGACCGUGUGAAAGCUGCUCGAAGCACACAGGGAUACCGUCUCUGUUAUGAUAUAUAUAUUUUAAAAAAUGCACCCAGUUUGAAUGAUGGCCUGAAAAUGAUCAGUUUGACCCGCUGUAGUCGGGGGUUAAGCGGCGUGUUGUCUGAUGUGGUGAAGUUGUGGUUGUAAAGACGGAGCCCACACAGUCACUUUUUAUUGGACAAAAAAAUGAAAUGUGGACCAAGCGUGCGGCUGGAAUCCAGAGACCCCAUCAGUCAACUGCAUCAACACAGUUGGCUUCUCGUGCACCUUUUUACCCACUCACCUGAUGUUGGUGCUAAACUCGGUGAAUGGGAGCCUGCCAGCUCUUGUGGUUGCAUCAAUACUUCCAUUUCCCAAACUCCUCAUCUGAGCAGUGAAAGGCGAAGGAGCAUUUGCAGGACGAGCUGCGGAAGUUGAAUACUGGAGCACUUUGACAAUACGGGGAAGAAGAGAUGUAGCGGAAGAGGAAGAGGAGGCGGGACGGGUUUGUGCCUCUGCCUUUUUCCUGGCGGAUCAAACGGACUGCAGCGUGUUAGGAAGAGCCCUUUCACCUCCCCCCUCCUCUCUUCCUCACCAAUAAUGGACACAAAGCAGAUUUCUUUCAAAGAAAGACCAGACAGAGUUCCAUUUUAUUUGAUUAUUUGAAUCCAAGGUGAAGUAACACUUUUCAGUUUAUUAUGAUGAGUGUUCUUUGUACAGAUUGUAGUGGAUCCUCACGCUCCACUGAGGCGAUUUGUGUUGAGUAGUGUUCAGUGUGCCUUUUUACUUUUCAUACUUAGAUUAAGACUCUGAAUAGCACCGUUAUUCCUGGUUGGACCCUUUUAUUUUCUUCUGUUUCUGUAUUUUUGUUUCUGGAAGUUAAGUUUAGCCGGGUUUUACAAAGGUACAAAACCAAAGUCCCCUCAGAAGUUUCCCUGUACCAGCCACCAUGUGGAGUUUGUGGAGCUUCUCCGUCAGCUUCUCUUUCCGUGCUUUCUUCUGGUCGGUCAAUCAGUGUAUGCCAUUUAAAAGUAUUAUAGCAAUAUUUCUCUAGUUGAAGACUUAAGUCGAGAUUCUAGUGAACGUGUUUCCAGGUAUCAUAAUUUCACUACCUGCUGAUAAAAAUAAAAAAUAAAAAACCAGACAAAAAUCAAAUCAAUAGAAAUCCAGUUUUAUAUCUACCUUCAUUGAUGUUGACCACACAUAAGCUAAUUUGCUGUUGAGAUUAAAAAAGGUUUAUUGAACAGAAAAA